AUGGCAGCACGAAGUCUCUUGCCCACAGACACGGAGCUCGCCACCUUCGAUCACAUUGAUCGGGUUGUGCAUUGGGUCGGUCUUGAGCGUGGUGUGUGGGAUGCCUUUGAUGCCACCUUGGGCGGUCGUACGACCCUUCGUUUGAUUGCCACACUGCCUAUUGGUACCUUGCAUACAGCCACCUCGCGCACUCGAAUUCCUGCUACUGCGACCUUGCCUGAACGUGAACUGUAUGCAGUAGAGAUCAUUCAGGUUGCAUUGGUUUGGCGUGCUGCGAGGAAGGUCUUUGGACUCCCUGAUGUAGAUCCUUUAGUGGAAGAUCCCACAGUGGCAAGACCGGUCACGUCGAACACUGAGAUGACGCAGAAGGAGGCAGAGGAGUCGCAGGUCAGUGAUGCUGCGUCCGCGGCCAUGCAUAGAGCCCCAGGUGAAGGAACUUCGAAGACUGCCAAGAGGCGCCAGAGGGACAAAGCCAAGAUUGAAAGGUUGCAAGAGGACAAUCGCCGUCAGAAGUAUGGCAAUCCGCCAUGGUUGCAGAGCACUGGAAAAGGAGGCUCAGGUUCGGCAUCGGGUGGAGACGGUGAUGGUCAUCCCAGGAGAGCAGGUCGAGAGUUCCAGACUGAUCGUGAAGGAAAUCAGAUCUGCUUCACCUUUGCGAAAGGACCAGUCGGAUCUUGCAGUGAGCCUUGUCCACAACAGAGGACGCAUUGCUGCCAGUUUUGCCUUGGCUCCCAUCCAAACGCCCAAUGCCAGCAGAAGGGCGGUGGAAAGGGGAAGGGCAAGAAGGGCAACAAGAAGUGA